UCGCGUCCAGUCCCGACUUUUGCCUCGACCUUGAGCCUCGACCUUUCCAACAUGGAAGCCAUGAAGGAGGACUUCGUCGUCGUCGACCCCACGCCCGUGCCGUCGCCGAUCUCCAUCUCUUGCUCCGCCGAGCACGCCCAGCUGGCCGCCGGCGAGGCGCACCAGUCGCUUGCGCUCGUGUCCCUCGCCGCUUCCGCCCAUGCGCCGGCGGCUCGACUUCCUCUCGAGGUGGUCGCCGUCGUCGACCGCUCGGGCUCCAUGCACGGUGCAAAGAUGAGGACGAUGAUUCAGACGCUCUCCUUCCUCGUGACCAAGGGGCUGCUCCCGGGCGACUCGCUCGCGAUAGUCGAUUUCCACGAUACGGUCGAGACGCGGCUCGCGCUCACAAAGAUGGACCAGGCAGGCAAGGCGAAGGCCCUCGACAGGAUUGGUGAGCUCUCGCCCGGCCGCACCACCAACCUUAGCGGCGGGCUCCUGCAGGGCAUCGACCUGCUGGUGCGGUCGCCGCCCGCCCGCAGCAGCACCAGGGCGAUUCUGCUGUUCACAGAUGGCCUUGCCAAUGCCGGCAUCUGCGACGGCCCCGGGCUGGUUGCGGCCGCACAGGGCGCGAUGGGUGACGCGCCGGCGACGAUCUUUACCUUUGGCUUUGGUGCGGACCACAACGAGGACAUGCUCCGCUCGCUCGCGAGCGUCACAACGGGCCUCUACUACUUCAUCGAGACGGUGGAGGCGAUCCCGCAGGCGUUCGCGGACUGCCUCGGCGGGCUGGUCGCGGUGGUCGCGCAGAACUGCACGCUCUCUCUGACCGCCGCGCCCGGCGUCGAGCUCUCCGGCUUGAAAACGAGCUACAAGACGAGCGCGACUGCGGACGGCGGGGUCGAGGUGAGCCUCGGCGACAUUUACGCCGAGGAGGAGAAGGACCUGGUCGUGCAGCUGGCGCUGCCCGCCCUCCCAGGGCCGGUCGGCGCCGCGGCGUGCCUCAAGGCCGCCCUCCGCUUCUACUCGGUGCCGGCCUCGGCGUUCGUCGACUGCGAGGCGGUCCUCAGCAUCGGUCGGCCGGCGGCGGCGCCGGCAGAGCAGCCCGUCAACGGCCGACUCGAGACGCAGAGGCUGCGGCUGGCCGCCGUUGAGGCGAUGGCCAAGGCCGCUAGCCUGGCCGACGAGGGGCGAAUUGAGGAGGGGCGGGCGAUGCUGGAGCAGUGCCGCGUCACGUCUCUGGCGUCGGUCGCCAGUGCGACGGCCGAGUGCAAGGCGCUCCUCUCGGAUCUCGAGCGCGUCGCAUCGGGCUACAAGGACGCGGUGCAGUACCGCUCGUGGGGCGGUAAGCUGAGCAAGAUGUCGGCCAUGUCGCACGCGCAGCAGCGCUCCAACCACGCCACGGGCGGCCACUUCGAGAAGGCGUCCAAGCGGCUGACAAAGAUGCGCUUCGCCGAGUGAAGGUGUGUUUGGCUGUGGUCCGUGGACGCGCACAGGGGUCGCGCGCUCUCACGUGGCCCCUGCGCGCAAUCGCAAUCGCAAAGGGGCUACACAUAUGCGCGCGGGCUCGGAAGGCCAGAUAGAGGCCAUCGUUUGUGUGUGUGUGUCUGAGCGUGACGCGAGAGAAAACGCGAGGCUCUAUAUGGCGGUGGGUGUGUGAGAGAGCGGAAGACUGGCCGCGCGGAGAAUCGCAGUGUGAGAGAAAAGCACGAGAACCAGCGCCCCGGCCUCGCUAAAAAGGACUUUCCAUUUAUCAA